AUGUUGACAACCAAUGCAGUCAGAAUUGACACACAAGACUGCACCAAAAUUGAAGAUAAUCUGUUUCAGUGUAGACCCUUUACACAUGACAUAUUAUAUCAUGACAUUGAAGUUCGAAACGGUUAUCUUUAUAGCUGUUCUUGCCCUGACUCCUCCAAGCUCUGUAAAUAUACUUUCCUUGUCAAUCAUAUAAUUCAAGUACCUUUUACAGGACGUCCAAGACUGCAUGUAACUCCUGCUACAGAUAAAAAUGCCGCCUUGUCGAAUACGACUGAAGAAAUGUCAAACAAUGCCUUUGGUAAGAUUCAAAGCACCAGUAACAUGGACGAGAGAAGCUUGCGCUUUAGUGAAUUCAUCAACGAAGGAGAAAAGUAUUGCCAGGCUAAAUGA